AUGGAGGACUUCGGCCGCUUCUCCCACCACCGGGACCUCCGGGAGCCCAGGCCCCGGGGGGCGCACACCCGGCCGGCUCGGGGCUGCCGGGCCGGGACCCCCGGCGGCGGCGGCGGCGAGGGGAGCGAGGCCGCGGGGACCCCCUGGCCUCCCCGCCGCCACCAUCACCACCAGUCCCCCCCGGACUCCCCGCGGGAGAGCCGCAGCCUGAGCGACGUGGCGGCGGCGCAGAGGCCCCCCGACGGCGGCGGCGCCCGGAGACACCGGCCCCCGCGCAGCUGGCGCCCCCGGGAGGCCUGGGGGGAGCCCAGGACGCAGCCCCUCCCGGUCCAGCUGGCAUCACCCCCGCAACCGCCGCUGCGCUGCCCGCACUGCCCCCCGGCGCAGGGGGACUCGCCCCCGCCGUACCCCGAGGGCGCCUGCACCCCCUUGAGCGGCCUGUUCGGGGCGGACGAGGCGCAGAUCGGGGACCCCUGGGCGCUGCCGGCGGGGGCCGGGGGGCUGGACCGCUGGUCCCUGUCCUCGCUGCCCUCCGAGGAGAGGUCCUCGGCGGCGCCCUCCCGCGAGUUCAGGAUGCUGUCCGGCUGCGCGCACGGCCCCAAGAGGGACCUCGGGGACCGGCUGGCCGCCUCCUUCGCCAGCCAGGCCCUCCUCCAGCCCGCGUGCUCGGGCAGGGAGGCCAGGAGCCUGCACACGCAGAUGCUCAAGAACAAGCUGGACGAGGCCGUGCUGUCUUCCCGCGACCGCAAGAUCGUGGCGCUGGUGCUGGCGCGGCUGCAGAAGGCGCAGCGGAUGCGCGAGCUGCAGCGGCAGGCGGCGGCCGCCUGGGAGGAGCUCAAGCGCUCGGACCGCAAGGUGCAGGCGACCCUGGAGCGCGAGCGCCGGCAGCUGCUGCAGCAGAGCCGCGCGCAGUGGCAGCGCGAGCGGGAGCAGCGCGAGCGGGGGGAGCAGCGCGGGGAGCAGCGCGGGGAGCAGCGCAGGGCCCGCCCGAGGGCGCGCGACGGCCAAGCCAGGCACGACCUGUGGGGGGUGCCCGAGGACCACGGCUGGGAUGCGCAGCAGCAGCAGCAGCAGCGCCACGACAGGCAGGAGCGGACGCGGGCCCGCCCGGAGCCCGCCCCCACCCCCAAGCCCAGGAGGCCGGGCCCGGUGCAGCGCCUCCGGGAGCGAGAGCAGGAGCUGGAGCAGGAGCUGGAGCUGGAGAAGAACCUGGAGAAGACGCUGUCCGAGCAGCGGAAGCAGCCCAGCCUGGAGCAGCAGCAGCAGCCGCCGCCGCCGGCGAGGAGGCUGGUGCCGUCCACGACCACCAUCACCACGACGGCCACGACGUGUCCCAAGCAGCAGGCGCCCCCUAGCGGCGGCCACAAGAAGGUGCGCGAGGCCAACCUGAGCUCCCUGGUCAACUUCCAGGCGCGCAAGGUGCUCAUGGACUGCCAGGUGAAGGCCGAGGAGCUGCUGCGCCGGCUGUCGCUGGAGCAGAGCGCGCAGCGGGCGCAGGAGCAGCUGCACAGGGGCCUGGCGGGGAGGGAGCAGCUGCACCGGGAGCUGUGGGAGCUGCAGGAGCAGGAGGAGGAGCAGUGCCAGCAGGAGCUGGAGGAGCAGCGGCGGGUGCGCCGGCGGCUGCUGGGGCGGCUGGCGGCCGAGCAGAAGGUGCAGCAGGCCCGGGAGCUCCGCCUGCGGCGGGAGCAGAGCCACCAUGUCCUGAAGCUCAAGGCCGAGAAGGAGGAGAAGUGCCACGUGGAGGGCAUCAAGGAGGCCAUCCGCAAGAAGGAGCAGAGGACGGAGCAGCUGGCCCAGGACAAGGAGGCCGCCUCUGAGGGUUUCCAAAAGGCGCAGCUCCGAGGCGGCGGCUACUGA